AUGGUGUUCGAUAUGCAGCUGCGACAAGCAAAAUAUGAGAAGAAGAUGAUGGCUCAUAAGCAUGAGCAGGAGGCUGCCGUUCGCCAACAAACGAUCGUUAACCGCAAUAUUAAUGAUGCUCUAACUAAUCUCGCGGCCUCUCUCCGCACAAAGACCGCCCUCCAACAGGUCGUCGAGAACCCGGCGCCGUCCACUCGGGGCUGGGCUUUGCCGCCAUCCAUCACAACACAACCGAUCGAUUUUGACGCAGAGUCGUACCCCAAGUUGACCUCGGGACCCCCACGUUUCUCGGGUGAAAACGCGGUUAAAUGGAUUCGGAUGAUCCAAAAGUAUUACAAUCACAAUUUCACACCCUUGGUUGACCGCCUAUAUCUCACAUCGUUUUUAUUUGACGAUGAGGCGGAAGAUUGGUUAGCCUAUUUUGAAGACAACACCGCCUCCAAAUCCUGGGAUUCUUUCCUCCUCGCGGUGAAAAAGCGGUUCGAUCCUGAUCUUUACGAGGAUUACGUCGGGCGAUUGGCUACCCUCCGACAGACGUCCACUUUGGAAGCCUAUCAAACUGAGUUCGAGGGUAUGCUCCAGAGAGUUACUGACGUCGGGGACUCCACGUUGACUUCCUUAUUUGUCGCCGGCCUUAAACCGGCUUUGAAACAAGAGCUUUUGACGCGACGCCCCGCUACCCUGCAGGACGCGUUCGCCCUAGCGCAGCAGCUGGCCAUUUGCCAGGCAGUAGCAUCUCCAGUUUUCAGUCCGAAACCAUCUUGGCAGAACAGGGGGAACAACACAGUUCAGCAGACAGACCCUAAUGCCAAGAAGGACAUCCCGCCUGAUCAGAAGCAGAUCACAUGUCUGUGCAAAGAAGUUUUAUGCACUCAUGGCGUGGAUGACGGCGACGACGAGCUUUCACUGGACAACGAGACUACCCCUGAGGACGAUGGUAAAAAUAUGGCGAUUACGGGCGAUGUCUCCAGGAUCCUCGUUCUUUGUCCUAAGAUCAAACCACGCUCAAUUCACCUGCGGGGGCGCAUCAACGGCACGGAGGUUUCUAUUCUGAUUGAUGGGGGUAGCACCCACAACUUUAUUCAACCAGCAGUAGCGGAAAAGUUGAGCCUACCGGUUAAUGCUAUAUCUCCAUUCCGGGGUCACCAGUUUGGAAUCGACUUAUAUGUGCUCCAAGUCAAGAGUCCGGACUUCAUUCUAGGUGUUCAAUGGUUACAGGAUCUGGGCGACAUCACUAAAAAUUACCGGAACCUCACUAUGCGCUUCGAAUGGAACGAUCAACCGGUGUUUUUGCGUGGGGAGGACGCCCCACCGCGCCCAAUAUCAUACAACAACCUGUUCUCCUUUAUCAGCUCAGACUCGGAGGCGGAUAUAUUUGAGCUACUCCCGGUCCAGACCAGCGCUCUGCAGUCUUCCUCAGGCAUCGCCGAGGUUGACCCCUCUGUUUCGCAAGUCUUGUCGGAGUUUGCUUCGCUUUUUGACCUUCCUAAAGAGCUACCACCGGCUCGACGAUGGGAUCAUCGUAUCCACUUACCCAACGGGACGAAACCAGUUAACGUGAGGCCAUAUCGGUACCCGUAUUUCCAAAAGGCAGAAAUUGAGCGGCAGAUUGUCGAGAUGCUCAAUCAGGGGUCAUACAACACAAUUAGAAUGCACGUCGAUGACAUUUACAAGACUGCUUUCCGCACGCACGAGGGCCAUUAUGAGUUCCUCGUCAUGCCAUUCGGUUUAACUAACGCGCCUUCAACUUUCCAAGCAGCGAUGAACAGUUUAUUCCAGCCAUUCCUACGUCAGUUUGUGAUCGACUUUUUCGACGAUAUUUUGGUCUACAGUACCACUCCGGAAGACCAUCAGCGGCAUCUUCGUCAAGUCCUCCACAUUCAGCAGGAUAACACUCUCUUUGUGAAACAAUCGAAAUGUGCUUUUGGAGUCCACACCAUCGACUAUCUGGGUCAUAUAAUAUUAGCGGGAGGGCUCCACGCUGACCCGGCGAGAUUAGAAGCAAUGGAUGCGUGGCCCGUGCCGACAUCUGUGAAGCAGCUCAGGGGGUUUCUUGGCCUUACGGGCUACUACCGAAGAUUUGUUAAGAAGUAUUCUCUUAUUGCUUCGCCUCUUACCGAGCUCCUUAAGAAGGAGGCUUUCCAAUGGACUGAUGCAGCCGCCGAGAGCUUCACCGCACUUAAAGCCGCCAUGUGCUCGACCCCGGUCCUCCGUCUUCCGGACUUUGAAUUGCCAUUUUGUCCUGGAGACCGAUGCCUCUGA